AUGUUAGAUAUUAUUCAUAAAAAAGUAAAGUUGGAUAUUGAAUAAAUCUAUAUUGACAAACCCUCUACAAAUACAAAUAAUUAAAGAGAAAAUGAAUCUUAAUCAACUAAAUUGUAUUAAGAUGUAAUUAAUGAUCUUCCAAUUUCAGGAGAAUGUGAUUAGUCACUCUCUUUAGAUUAAGAAAUCAUAAAUUUACUAAAGUAUUCUUAAUAUUAUGGAAUGCAAAUACUAUCUAAAGUUGUUGACUCUUCAAUUCUUAUUGAAAAACUCAGACUUAAGCAGUUGUAAUUAAAAAAAGAAUUGAUGAUCUAUUUCUUAUAAAAUGUUAGAAAUCAGUCCCUAUUUUUACAUGAUUUAAUUUAUUUGGAAGCAGCUAAUCUAGAUAAAGAUAUUAGAUUAGCUGCAAUAGAAUGUAUGAGCAGACUUAAAAUCAAUGAUGAUUAAGAAAUCCUCAAUUUAAUUAGGAAACCUAAAGAUAGUUUAGAUUUAUUAUAAAAUCACUCAAAAGGACUUCUUAUAUCUAUUCUAGAAGAUUAAUAUUAUAUUAUAAGAAUUAAUGCUAUAAGGGCCAUUAUGAAUUUUAAUAAAUAAUCAACCAUUUUUGCUAAUCAUGUUUUAGAAAUAUUAAUUAAUAUGCUUAAUGAUGAAAGUGAUUUAGUUAGAAUAGAAGCUAUCUAAGUCUUAUUAAAUUAUUCUAAAAUUGAAUUCAACAGAGCAGAUUCAAAUGCAAUUAAAUUUAAUUUGAAUGAAUAAAAUUUUAAUUUAAGAAAAGCAAUCUAUGAUCUAAUUGGAUAAUCAAUUUUUCCAGAAACUUUACAUGAUAUUUUUGAAUCAAGUAAUUAUUUCUAAAUUUUAUUUAGUCUGUUUAAAUCUUUCAAAGUUUCCAUAAGACUUUAUUUAUAUUGCAAAUUCCAUCAGACAAUUAGCCCUCAAAAAUCCUAAUGUUUUGCAAAUACCAGAUAUUAUUAAAAAAGAAAGACUUACAUAAGAACCUAAUAUUUAUUCAGAGUCUUAAGAAUAUAUUGUAAGAAUGAUCUAUGCUUAUCAUACAACUAGAAAAGAUACUGAUCCAUUCUAUUUUUCAAAACAUUUUGCUUAUUUUUCUGAUAAAUAUCCAGAUUUAUUUUAAUCUAAUAAAGUUACUCCAGAAGAAUUUUAUGCUUUCAAAUUGUACAAUGAAUAUUAGCAAUUAAUGAAAGAAGUCUUUAAUUCACUUAAAAUUUAUAGAUUACAAGAAUGUAAAACAAUUUAUUCAGAAUUAUGUGCUAAAUUUUAAUUUGAUUAAUCAAUUAUACCUCCUCCUCCUUUAGAAUAUAAUCAUGAAUUUAGACUCCCUAAUUGGGAAAUUACUAAAUUUUAAAGUAGAUCAUUUAAAUUUAUAUUACCACUUGAAGGUACUAAUUUUAGAGUAUUUCCUGAAUUUCCAUUAACUUUUAUUAUCUAAGGAGAAUUCAAUAAUUUGAAAAUGCCUAUUUCUAAAAAUUAUGCUAUCUAACUAUAAUUUAUGGAUGGAACAAGUGAACUUAAUAAGAUUUCAACUAUUGAAGAUAAUAUAAUUAAAGCUACUUUAGAAAUGUAAAGAAAAGUACAAGAUUUUUCAUAACCAGCUAAAAUAUUAUUUGUUCAAUUAACAGAUGGAUUACAAUUAGGCAAUCCUAUAAAUAUUUAUCUAUAAAUCUGA